UACCCAUAAGCUAUAACAAAAAUAUGAUAUUACUAGAAUUUAUUUUGGAGGAUAGAAUUAACACACACAAAAAUAAAUCCUAAUUUAAGACCAGUUUAUCUGUUUGAAACCAGAUAACCACAUUGGACUUUUGAUUUAAAACCUUAUUGUUACUGAGAUAUAGCAAUUGUGAAAGUUACCCUGUGUGACAAUUUGCCCCGGUCCCCCUAGAUGUCCAAAUGGAAGGACAAUAUUGUUUUGGUAUCAAUGCAUAUACUCAAUUCAUCAGCGUUUCUUCAAGCAAGCUUCAGGUUUAAGAGAGCUCUCAGAUGACAUGGACACAUCAAAGUGCCCCACAUCCAUCAGGCCCUUGUGACCACUGCAGGAACACAAGCAUAGUAUGGGAGCACUUGCCUCUAUUUUUAAUCCUGGCAACCUCACAAUGUUCAGCAGCAACCCGACGCUGUGUGCCUAGUCACGUUGCGUGUCGGAUUUUUCAGGGAGCUUAAGUUGUUCUGCCUGACACUACCCAUCCAGUAUUGAGGCAUGUCUGCAGAAGAACGUGCACCUUUUGUGGUCUCUUGCAACCUGGAGUCUCCCAUCUGCAGAGACUGGGUAAGGCAAGGCAAAGAAGAAAAGGAGGCAAAAUCGGACCAGACAUGGAAAGGAAGUUCUGCCGAUGAAUCUGAGGAGCUGGAACCCGAGCCACCACCGGCAGCUGUGCGGAGAAAGGUCUCUUUUGCAGAUGCUUUCGGCCUGGACCUGGUUUCUGUGAAGAAGUAUGACAGCAGAGAUUCAAGAGGGCCAGAUUUAUUUGGGUUAAUAGGGACAGAGAACAGAGAGGGCGAGGAAUAUCACAUAUCCUGCCUUUUUACUGUCCCGGCUUCAGACCAGGAGCUGGAGAUGAGAAUUCAGAAGCAGAAGCUUGAGCUGGAGAGCAUAGAGCUGUUCCCUGGAUCCACAACCAUCCAAGGCAUCAUCCGUGUUCUCAACAUUUGCUUUCACAAGGCCGUAUACGUCCGGACAACACUGGACAGUUGGCAGAGCCACUUCGACCUGCAGGCAGAGUAUAUGCCUGGCUCCAGUGAUGGCGAGACGGACCGUUUCGCCUUCCAGCUUAUGUUAAUGCCUCCAUUCCAAGCUAAAUGGACGCGGGUGGAGUUUUGUCUGCGUUAUGAGAGCUCUGCUGGGACCUUUUGGGCCAACAAUGGAGGCACAAACUACAUUGUCUUCUGCCACCAAAGAUAUAGGGGAGAUCUGAAAGAAAAAGAGAGAGAAAGGGAGAAGGUAAAAGAAGAGAGUAACCACAAAGGUAUCAGGAGCUGCCUGAAAACAGUCAGUAAAAAGAUCUGCACAGAGGAGACGCACGCAGAGGCGAGUGGGGAGAUCUCAGAGCAUGUCACACCCAGUAUCGGGCAUAGAAGGGAAAGCACAACAGAGGAAGAGGCAGGAAUUACUCCCCCCAAAUCCCUAAUGGACUGCUGCAAAACUCUGGUGGACCAGCGUAGGAUACGUCGGGCUGCUCGUUUGGCACAUGUGCAGGACUAUUUCUCUCAAAAAGCGAAACGAGAAACCAUCUCCAAAUCAUCAACCAUGUCCAUCCCAAAACUGAAUGUGCCAAGUAGUAGAGACUUGCCAAUAGUCCACAUCCUACAAGGAAACAGUAUGGACACAUCACCGAUGUUAUUGAACCAGAUCCCUUUGCUUUCUCUGGACUGGGGCGGUAACACAACAGCACUUACCCAAGCAAACCCUACAGAUGUCUGCAAUGGAACAAACCCAGAAAACCAUCCAGUUGACAAUCAGCCAGCAAAUUCAGCUUGUGAUACCUGGGAAGCGUUUCUCAGUGGCUCUGACACAAUACACAGACAAAAAGAUACACAGGACCAACAGUGUAUUCCUCAAGAGUCUGUUUGCUCUCACUUUAGCCAAUCGCAAUCAGUCUCAAACAUGAAUGAAGGGGCUGAGAAAGAUACAUCUCUAUCCGUGACUACUAGUGAGCCAGAAUCUUUUUACUGGAGAGCAGCGGAAAUUUUAGAAUCGGUUCCCAGUGAGCAAUCAAAUGACUUGAGCUCUGGUCCUUCUAGAGAGCCAGUUUUGGGUUACCAGUAUGUGGAAGAGCCAAGAGUCACUCCUGUCACAUGUUCUGCUCAGGGAUCAGAGACAAAGAGGGUGGUGAGAGAGUUAAAAAGGUCUGGUGACCGCCGAACCCCACAUCAUGAGCACACAAGCGGACAUUUGAGCCAAGGCAUGAGCCCAGGGGAGGCAGUACCUAGCACAUUUGACACAGACACUCCAAAUUCCAAAGUCAGAGAUGGAAUCUUGCCUGAAGAAUUCACGGGCCGCUUUGACACCUCAAACGCUGAAGCAAAGGUUAAAGAAAACAUACAUAGAGCCGUGAACGACUCCUUGACAUUUACAGGGAUCAUAGACGAGCCAUUUGAAGAUAGACAGAAAGUGGGAUCUUUGGAAAAGAAGGAUAUAGAUAAAGACAGAGAGCUAAAGAUGGUGAAUGACAACAUGGGCGAGGAAAAAGAGAGCGAGGAGCAGGUGGAAACAUGGGCAUUUCAUACAGAGCUACGUGAAGAGGAAAUGGAAAACACUAGAAAAGACCAGGAUGAGAAGACGUUAGAUGAGCGCAAAGGAAUAAAGAGCAUUCCAUUGUGCAUUGAGAACAAAUUAGGCAUGUUGAAUGAGAAUUGGAAAGACAAUUCAGAGCUUCAGAAAGAUGACAAGAGGCAUUUAGAAGCUGCAAAUGAAGGACUGCAAAUGGAGAAAACGGGCGAUAAAGAGGAAGAAAUGUAUUCAGAAACCAAACAAGAGCGUGUAGAGGAGUCCAAAGUGUUGGGCGAGAAUCAAACAGAUGGAGAAGGGAGAGAUGAUGAUGAUUUCAAGACAUGUCACCAGCCUCAUGAUACCCAAAACACACACAUUAACACACCCGACCACAUAUCAAGCUAUCAGACAGUUAAUAUUGACCUAUUUGAGCACCUCAGUUGGACAACAUCUGUAAAGGAGAAAGAGGCAACCCCUCUUGAAGAUGAUUUUGAAUUUGGAAGUACUCUCAGAAACAGAGCAACUCAUGAAUCCCUGGACGAAGUAGAUAAACUCCCCAUUACGUUACCUAGCGUUCAUCUGUCCUGGGUGGGUGGCACGGACAGCAACCGCAGGCUAUUGUCAUGUUGGCAAGAGUUCUGCUCUCUUGGUCAUGUGUAUGCCAUUCUGUUUGUAAUCUUUGUAACUGCUUAUCUGUAUGACCUACCGACCUGCUUGGCCCUCUAUCUGUUUUUCUCUGUGCUGUUGGUGUGGAAAAGGCAAGAAACAACGUAUGGACGGGGCUGAGUCCAGACAUGAACUUGAUGUCAAUUGAAAUAACAUGAACUUGAUGUCAAAGGUCCCAUCAUCGCUUGAAAAAGAAAAAGUGUUUUAAAAUGAGUCCCAUUUAUUAUGAGGCUUUUUUGUGUUUGUCGCUUGUCAUUUGUGUUAACACAAAAAAUUAACUCAAGUUCAGUCAGUGUUAAUCAAUCAAGACCCAUUUGAAGCAAAAUCUUUCAAAACUGCACUUAGAUUACCUUUACAUAAUAAUUUUGGCAGACGCUUUCCCCUAAACUUUCAUUAGAAAAGCAGCAAUGAUGAGUUUAAUAUAUGUACAAAUUAGCUACAUAAUCAGACUACAUAUUAUUUGCUCAUUUAAAUAUUUUAGUGAACAAAAGUGUAAAAUAUAUCAUAUCAUCAUCAUGCUGCUCAUUCUAGUAAUGCAAUACACUUUUUCUACAUGAUUAUGUCCAUAGAAGACAGUGGACACACAGCCCUUGUUUGAGAUGCCAAACGCAGAUAUCACGUGUUUCGUGUUCAUGUGCUUUGUUGCUUAUAAAGUGGAUGUAGUUUAAAUUCUGUUGCUUUUAAAUGAAAAUGAUAUGAUGAACAUGCCACCUAAUGUACCUGUUACUAAAUUCCCCCCAAAAGCCAUGUCUUUUUCACCCAUUUUUAGUUUAAUAGACUCAUGUUUUAAAUAUUUUAGAAAUAUGAUAACAAUCACAUCCCAUACAGAGAUUGCACUUUCAGUGUUUUGGGAAUAUUAACACAUAAUUUAUACAAAUAAAAACAUGAUAUCUGAGUAAAACAAUCUAACAUUUUAGAAGAGAAUAAAACAUCAUAGUUGUUUAAUCCAUUGAGUAUUAAGCUGUGUCGUCAGCAAAUAGUUUUCCAACGUGCUUGCAGUUGGGAGAAAGCAACUAAGCCGCCUGGCUUUAAAAACUUAGGCCGUCUCAAUCUCGCAAGGGGAUGCAUGGCAGAGCACUUGUGUGAAGUCCAAAUUAGCUUUUACAGGGGGUCUCUGGUUACAUUCAGGGGGUCUCCGGUUACAUCCAAUCACUUUUCUUGCAAUCUGGCGUAACCAAUUUAUUUUGGAUACUUUGCCUGUUUUGUUGCAAAACAGUUUUGAGCUUCGUUAUUUUGUUUCUUUUAGAAAUUUUACCAUUUGAGUAGUAAUUUGAGCAGCUUUUGGGAGCAACAUUGCAGACACCAAAAACACAUAGUCUAGAGUAGCAGAUAAACUGAAUGCCGGUUCUGUCAAAGCAAAAAUACAUAACAGAAAACACUAUUGCCUAGGUAGCUACACUUAAAAAAAAUGUCACAUUAACAGUAAAGACACAGAGAGAAACACGUGUCUCACUGGGGACGCGAGUGAUGGACGUGACAUUUUCUAAAUCCCACUAUGUGCCUGGCCCUGAAGAUAG